AUGCCUCAGCCACGCGAGCAGGGGAAGAAGGCCCAAGAGACUGAUCUCAGGUCUCAAUUAGAAAAGAUGCAAAAACGAAUAGAUCACGAAACAGAAGAAGCGCUGUCCAAAAGAGACUCAAAAAGACAUGCUCCGUUCUCAAGCAUUCUAAGCAAACGAGACAAAAGAACAUCAAUGCCCGUAUUUGCUGGUAGCUCAACUCAUAACAACGUGGUAAACAACAAUUCGUCAAAGGAUGUGAACUUCGUAGUGGGACUAAGCGAAAACCUUUUGCUUGAGUGUCGCCGUCUCCAGGCCGAUAACGAAAAGAAAUCGCUCAAAUUCAGGUCUCUGCAACAGGAAUACGAUUCACUGCAGUCAAGAUUUGAAGUCCUGUCUGCUAACCUACAAGGAACUCAGCAGGAGAGUUUGUCUUUGAAAGACACCAACUGGGAACUAGAAACAAAACUUCAAAACGUGUCACAGCAUCUAAGAGAUCUCAAGCAAUUUUCUGAAAAGACUCAAAAAGAGCUCGCCGCGCAGCUGGUGGCUUACAAGGAAAUACGGAACGAGUUUGACGAAACCACCCUUGAAAGACAAGGCCUCAGAGAAGAGCUAAAAAAUGCUCAACAGCGGCAUCUCAUAAAUAUUGCUGAGUUAAAACAAAACAUUGUUGAGCUGAAUGAAGAAAAUGAUUCUUUACAGCAAAAGUUAGACAAAAUGACAGUCAAGGUUGACCAGCUCACUGAACGCCUGAACAAGGCCGAUUUACAUACUAUACCCCACGCAAAAGUAGAAAGCUCCGAUUUGACAGCAUCUACUGAACUCAUACCAGAAACUUUGACUGAAGAUCGAAAAACAACAUUUUUGUCAGACAGCAAAUCUAAGUUGACUCUUACACCGCAUGACCAGUCGUCAAUAAAGGACCUAGAUGAUGCUAACUUGAUGAUUGAUAAACUGAAAUCACAGAUUGUUCAAUUGAAGAGGUCACAGAAGGUUUUUUCUCCUAAGCAAAAGGAACAUCACAAAAAAAUCCGCUCCACUGCGAGCUUUGAACCGCAGGACCACAAUUUGCCAGCUCAAUUAGGAGCUUCUUCCGCCAAGCAUGUUAAGCGUAGUUGCGAGGAGAAGUUACAACUAACAGAAGGCAGCUUCGACGAUUCCAACUGUUCGUUCUAUACCGAAGAGUUUGACUCACACAAUAAUGAUUCUGAUAUUGAAGUCAAAAGCGAUAUAUCAGAGACAAUGGAUGCUGUGCGAAAUCCUAUACUGGAGGACCUUGGCGAUGAUGACAGUGGUGCGUUCCAGACAGAAUACAGUGAAGCUCAAUUGUUUGCCAAAGCGCAUAAUUUAAUAUUAUUACCCCAAGAUGAGUAUGAUGCCAUGAUUGCCAAGGAGACCAUUUCUGGUCGAGAUAAAAGUAAUGCGGGCUCGCUUAUAAAUGAAUUCGCCUUUAAUGAACUAAAUGCUGUAUCAGAAUUGGAGCGAAAAGGUUAUAAGGUUCACAAUCCGACUGAGUUUGAGUCAUUUCAAAAAUCUCUUGCAUGCUGGUCAGCCCCAUCUAUUGAUUAUUUGAAGAGCAAAGCCACAGAGCUUAACAGCAUGAUAAUCUCCUAUGACGAAUAUGAGUCCCUGAAGUGCCCGUCAUUGGAAACACUCAAGGAGCAAGCAAGUGAGAUGCAAUGCACAGCUUUAAGCAAUGAAGAAUUCAAGGAUCAACAAAAUCAAAUUAAAAACCCCUCUUUGAGUUACCUCGAAAAGAAGAUUAAUGAGCAUGGCAAAGUUUUGGUAUCGAAAGAGUCCUACGAUAAACUUCAGGAACCUACGCUUGAAGAUAUGAACUCCCAUGCUACGCUUAUGGGGUGUAAACUUGUGAAAUCUUCCGAAUGGGAAUCGAUGAGGAGCGCUCUAAGCCAUCCCACGCUAGAGUUCUUAUCUGAGAGUGCCAAGAAGAUGAAUUACUCCAUCACCCCAUCAGAAAUUUUUGAAAGUCUCUCUCAACCUUCAUUGGCGAUGCUUUCUCAACGUGCAACAGAAGUCAGCCACAUACUCUUGUCGAACGCUGAAUAUCAGCGGCUCAACUCCAUUGAUCGUCAAUGGGUGGUUGACAAGGCUUCUUCUUUAGAUCUCGAGGUACUUGACAGAAGCGAUUACAAUAAGCUAGAGAAUCCAACUAUGGAAUGGAUUGAGCAAAAGGCCAAGAGUGUGGGAUGUGUUGUCUUAUCGGAGCAAGAUCAUCACGACCUUGUUAAUCCAAGUGUAGGAGCUUUGAAAUUAGCGGCAGCCGAAAGAGGUUGCAUAGUCGUCCCAAAGCUCGACAUUGACGAUCUCCACGAUAAAUUGAACACUCCUGACGAGACUUUUAUAAGGGCAAAGGCUCUUGAUUUGGACUUGAGGGUCCUAGAAAUUAAGGAAUUUGAAAGGAUCAAGGCUGAACUUGAAUGUCCGACCUUGAAUACCAUAAAAAGCACCAUUGAAGCUCAAUACAUGGACUCUAUAUUAUCUUGGCUUGCUCAAGAACAUCAUCUAAUCACCUUGCAAGAAAAAGAGCAUCGUGAUUUAGUAGCGCUCAGUCUCAAUCCCACAUUAGAGCAAUUAGAACACUUAGCCGCCAGUAAAAAUCAUUCACUCAUAAACAGUGAAGAACUAGGACGGUUAAACGGUCGUCUCAAGAAUCCUAAUGUCGACUACUUGGUGAAACAUAUCGAAACUCACAACAAAGCAGUAGUGGAUACUUCUGUGCUUGCCGAUCUCCGCGAAAAAGCCGAACAUCCUAAUAUUGAAUACCUUUCUAGCCAUGCACGUUUGAACGGAUUACAUUUGUCAAAUAUCAAUGAACUGGAGAACCUUAAGGUAAGAAUUGAAGAGCCUGAUUUCGCGUAUCUUUUGGCAAAAUCCAAGGCCUCUGGUUAUGUCCUUGUUGGCGAAUCCGAUCACCUGAAAUUUACGAGCCACAUCGAAAACCCUGAAAAAUCGUUUCUGGAAUCCAAGCUAAGCGAUUUGGGAUAUGUGUCGUUGAAGGAGGACGACCUAUCCAAGCUACAAAACCAAAUAGAGAAACCUGAGAGAUCGUUCUUGGAAUCUAAGCUAAGUGAUUUGGGAUAUGUGGCAUUGAAGGAGGAAGACCUUUCCAAGCUACACAACCAAUUAGAGAAACCUGAGAGGUCAUUUUUGGAAACGAAGUCGAGAGAACUUGGGCUCACUUUACUGCAAGAGGAAGAUCUCUCCAAGCUACACAACCAACUAGAGAAACCUGAAAUGUCGUUCUUGGAAUCUAAGCUAAGUGGUUUGGGAUAUGUGGCAUUGAAGGAGGAGGACCUAUCCAAGCUACACAACCAAUUAGAGAAACCUGAGAGGACAUUCUUGGAAACAAAGUCGAGAGAACUUGGGCUCACUUUACUGCAAGAGGAAGAUCUAUCCAAGCUACACAACCAACUAGAGAAACCUGAAAUGUCGUUCUUAGAAUCUAAGCUAAGUGGUCUGGGAUAUGUGACAUUGAAAGAGGAAGAUCUAUCCAAGCUACACAACCAACUGGAGAAACCUGGCAGAUCGUUCUUGGAAGCUAAGUUAAAGAAUAUGAAUUUGAUUCCAGUAGCUGUUGAUGAAUAUUCUGCUUUACAAAAGCGUAUCCAAGGUCCGGGUCUCCCUUAUCUCGAAGAUAAACUGAAAAAAUUGGGCUUUAUUGCAGUUAAGAGUGAAGAAUAUCGCGAUCUGCAAGACAAUACCGAAGUGCGUUACGAGACUUUCUUCGACAAAAAGCUCAAAAACUUAAAUCUUGUAGCUGUCAAUGCUGACGACUACGAAAUACUGAAGCAGCUUGCAGAAAGUUCAAAGAAAAUCAUUACGACCGACAAAAACCAGAGUGUCAAAUCAUCCCCAAUCAGCAGCCAAGAAGCAUCUGCAAUGAAAGCAGUGGCGGAUGAUACUGAAACUUACAUUUUAAGAGAAAGUGAAGGGCUCGACGGAUUAGUUUUAAUCGCGGUUGAUGAAAAGAAAUCCCUUGACUCGAAAGAUCGUGAAGGCAAGUCCCCAAGCCUGUCCUUGCAAGACAAGUUGAUAAGUUUUGGCUUUGUCACCAUGAGCGACAAAGAACCCUUUAAUUUCAAUGACCAGGUUGCAAAACCUAAUAUGUUAUUUAUCGAAACCAAAGACACCAAGUAUGGUGCAGCAGUGGUUGGCGCCAGUGAGCUUCGGUCGCUGAGAGACACGGUAGAAAACCCACAAAUGUCAUUUUUGGAGAGAAACUUGAGCGACCGGGGUUUCAUCGCAAUGCGUGAGGGCGAGCAUGCGGGAAUUCUUCAGAAGAUCAAUUGUCCGGAUACAGCUUAUUUGCAGGAGAAAUUAGGUGAAGUUAGUAUGGUUGCAAUCACCAAAUCUGAGUAUUCGGAGCUAAUGUCGUGUUUCGAAAGUCCCGAUCUGUAUUUUUUGACAUCGAAGCUUAAAGACAUUGGGUUUGUUCCUAUAAAGGAAGACGAGCUCUCCGGUUUAAAAAACAGCGCACAAUCUCCAAAGUUUUCUUUCAUGGAAAGUAAACUGAAAGAGGCGGGUUAUGUUUCUGUUACCUUUGAAAAGUAUUCGGCUCUCGAAAAGUGUGCUCAGAAGCCUCAGCUAUCAUUCUUGGAAGAAAAGGCUCGAGACCAAGGCUUUGUUCUCGUUUCUGAUUCAGAAAAUCGAAAAAGAACAGAUUUGAUGGAGAACCCAACUUUGAGUUAUCUUAAAGAAAAGGCGCGUGGGUAUGAAGUGGUACCUAUUGCCCAUUACGAAUCACUCACCACCCAUGUAGACUCCCCGAGUCUGGAAUUUUUGAAUAGCAAAAGCGAAGCCGCCGGUUAUUCUCUUCUUCCAGCACAUAUUCAUAAAGAACUUCUCAGGAAACUUGAAAACCCCACUCUUGAGGAGCUGGAAUUAUUGGCUAGUGGGGUAGGCUUUGUUGUUGUGGCAGAUAAAGAAUUCUCCGACCUAAAUGAGAAGAUCGAAAAUCCCUCUUGGAAAUACCUUUCUGAGAAGACAAAGUCUUUAGGUCUAGUUGCCAUUUCGCAGCGCGAGCACGAAGAGUUGAUUGUCGCAUCGCAGGACGACGCAGCCUUCAAGAAAAUCGAAGAAAAGGGGUUCAAAGCUGUUGGGCAAAAAGAAUUUGCCGAUCUUAUCGGUAAUAACAUCAGAGAUGCUGGUAUUGAACAAUUACAACCUCGUCUUGAAGCUUUAGGGUAUACAUCUCUCUCUUUAGAUGAGUUCAGUGACUUGAAAAAGCCCCUUGUUGAGAAACUGGACCCUGUCGUUGUCUCACUUUUCUGCGAAAAGAAUGGUUACGUCAUGUUAGAGCAGGAGGAACUCGAUUCUCUCAGACAUGCAGUCUCCAAGCUGUCGAUUGAAGAUUUAGAGAACCUUGCAGGAAAGCACGAUAGCAAACUCAUAUCCUUACAGGAUUUCAAUAAUCUUUGUGAAAAGGCUGAGACGCCGGCUAUUGAUGCCAUGCAGCGUGCUUGUGGGACGAUGGGCCUUGUUCUCGUAUCUAAAGAUUCUCAUCAGAAAGACCAUGAUAUGCUUGAGAACCCAACUGCUGAUUGGAUCGCUUCACAAGCAGAGCGUUCGGGGAAGGUUCUUACAGAUAAAGGAAAUUACGAUCUUUUGCUGGAGUCCGUGGAAACACCAUCAUUGGAAUAUUUGCAGCAAAAAGUGGCUCUCAGGAAUCUUCACUUAGUUGCCUAUCAAGAAUACCACAAACUUCUAGAGCAAGUGCGCAAGCCAACAAUUGAAUUUUUGAAAGAAAAAGCAGAUGCCCUUGAUCUGAUUUUGGUGCAUAAGGAAGAGUUAACCACCUUGAAAAAUAGAGACGACUCAUAUACCGAUGAUGAUUUGAAAACAAAAGCAACUGAACUGAAAAAAGUCGUCAUCGAUGAAUCUGAGUACAGGAGGCUUCUCUACGAACUAGAACAUCCGGGAAAAGAAUACUUGAAAUCUGCGUCGGAGGAACUUGGGUUCAUGAUGCUUGAGAAAGAUGAUUAUAACUUGUUGUCGAUUGCUGCCGAUAAGCAAAUGACCAUUGAUGACAUUUUCCCUAUAGCUGCAAGACACUCAUAUGCAAUUUUGCCAGUAGCGGAUCUAGAGGACCUAAAAAAUGGAUUAGCAAGGCCAUCAGUCGAAUAUUUAUCGGACAAGGCAGCUUUUCAUGGUCAACAACUCGUUAGUGCACAUAUUUUGAGUUCUUUCGAAGAAAACUUCAAAUCGAUUCAGAAUCCAACACUGGACUUUGUCUCUGACCUCGCCACGGCCGUCAAUUGUGCCGUGCUACCUGUAGCACAGUAUGAGGAAAUGAAAACCAGUCUCGAAAACCCCUCCGAAGCGUACUUGAAAACUAAAGGGAAAUCUCUGGGCUUUGCUGUCAUUGAUCAGCCAUUGUAUGAGAGCCAAGUCAUGGAACAAUCAACUCUUGAGUCUUUGAAAGACCACGCUGAACGUUUGGAUAUGAAAGUGCUACCAACUUUGAUCUAUGAAGACUUAGUCAAGUUUAAAGAGCAUCCUAAUCUUGAGUUCAUCAAAGAGAAAUUAGAACUGUACCCUGAUUAUGUCCUGUUGAGCAAGAUCGAUCAUGAGGUUUUGAAAGCUUCUUUGAACAACUCACUCUCUGGAGCAAUCGAUCCUAAUGAGAAACUUAGACCUGAGGCUCAUCGCAGUACAUCUAGCUUUGCAGCAAGGAAACAGUUCUUUGAAGAUGUAAUAAGAGAAGAAGGCAAUCAACAGAGUAAGGAAAAGAUUGUUAGAUGUGCUAAAGCACUUGGGCUUGUAACGCUAAACUCUGACGAAUAUAAGGAGUUGAUGGAAAAUCAAAAAGAGACCCCCCUCUCGAAAAGCCAGCUUUACAACUCGGCAAAGUUAUUUGAAUUAACUGUUCUACCAUCCCAGGAAUACCUGGCUCUUCUAGAAGACUCAAAGAAUCCCUAUUUCAACUCAAACGAAGAAGUCGGACCAGCUACGGCAGUUUCGGAGCUUCGUGUUCCUUCGUCCCAAAGCUUCACCUGCAACGAUUCACAAAGCAGAAACGUUGUAGAACCUGCUUUCUCCUCAACGUCGAGUAGGUCCUCUAUUAGCGAAAGCUUCUACUACGAUGCUUUACAAUCCGCAGUAAGCGAAUUACAUUUCAAUGAAUCGGUCUCUAGCUUUGAGACCAAUUCCGCGCACUAUACCGAUGCACUAGGUGAGCAAUCGUUAUCGCGAACUUCCACGGUUCGUGAAGGUGACACCAUGCAAUCGAUAUCUAUCUCCGAGCUUCGAGAACAGGCCUAUUCAGUGGGUUACGUCUUAGUAAGGCAAAACUCAGGUUUUGGGGGAACGGAUCUCGAAAGCGAAGACGAUGGCCUAGGUGUAGAUGACACCGCUUUGGCGCUUACUCAAAGUGAGGACGAUGCUGGAACACACGCAAGCAGCGUUUCCAGCAUUGAUACUGCCCAACGAGAAUGGAUACUUAAAGAGAAAGCUGCUAAGCUCGGUUUAUUUGUUAUUACAGAGGAUGAGCAUGCAGAGUUCGAAUGUCUCAAGAAGCUCACAAUGGUUGAUUCUAUCACCGACGGUUACAUGGAACCACUGAGAGACGCUCAUUAUAUUGAAAAAGACACUACAGAAAAACAUUGGAAAACAAAAUGUGAUUGUACCAGGAAGCUUUCGGGUAAUCAAAUUGGGUCCAUUGUGGACGAUGCAAGUUCUCUGCCGCUUGCCGCCGCAAAACCGGGGUUUGGCCUCCUUCCAAAGACGGAAGACAGAGAAGGAUUCAGAAGAGAAGCGAUGGCUCAUGAAAGCGAAAGCUUCGGUGAAAAUAAUAGUUGUCAAGCGCCUAAAAACGAAAAUAAACAGCAAGACGAUUCGUCAACUAGGUUUUCUUAUCUCUACUCAGACAACGAGGAGCUGACUGUGCUCGGAAAGCGACGUGAUUUCCCAGUAGCAUGGUCAUCGAGCACACCUGCCGAACGACUCAGAGUGAAAGCUGAACUGAUUGAAAAAGCCCAUGAGUUCGGCCUAGUGUCGUUAGAAGCGGACCAGUUUGCACAAAUUAAGGAAGAACUUGCAGCCGGAGCCAAGAAUUUGACUCUUGAUGACAUCAUGAUCAAGUCAGCUGAAUUUGACUUGGUGCCAUUACCAAGAGGCCAAUUCGAGCAAAUUAAAGCGGAGCUUUCUAACCCGACACUGACAAAGGAACAGAUUGUGGAAAACGCUGCAGAUUUUGGCUUAGUUGCAGUCGAGAAAGUUGAAUUGGACAAAUUGAACAGAAAUAAGCAUUUGGGCACAGAGGACGAAUUUACAUCCUCCGGUAUAGAAGAAAGCGAACUAUCUGAAGAUAAUGAAGACAGAAACCAGAUUGAUUCUCUAGCUAAGAAGUUGGGUUUGAUGUGUAUUCCCGAAAGUGCCUUCGUCGCGACCACAAUGGCGAGCGUCGUCGACACUCAUAACGUUGUUGUUCUUCCCUCCUCUUACUACGAUCACAUUCUCGCCAAAGAGCAGGAGGGCGUAAAAAUGGCCACAAUCGAGGAGCUACAAAUUGAGGCCAGGAAACGUGGUCUAGUAAUUGGACCUAGAAACUCCCCCGUCCAACAGAGCGUCGCCAACAUGUCUCCACAUCAAUCAAGAGUUAGCAGGCAGGCUUCAAUUCGCUCUAACGUUUCAUCGGAAUCGAACAGUAGAAGAAGCUUAGCUGAGGCCGCGGUAAAUGCCGCCUACAAUGACCACGAAGUGGCAACCAUAAAGUCUCGCGGCCACAGACAUUCGCUCUCCUCAAAUAGACAAACCAUUUUGAACAUGGACGUAGACGUUACUACUGUGCGUCACGCUUCUUUUGACGGUGGCAUAUCACUGGCCACAGUUGCCUCGUUGAGUGAGCCCAGCAUUAUUCCCGCUUUGACCCAGACUGUUAUCGGUGAAUACCUUCACAAAUACUACCGUCGUUUGGGCCCUUUUUCUAAUGUGACCUCGCGCCACGAGCGGUACUUUUGGGUACAUCCUUACACUAUGACACUAUAUUGGUCGACAAAUAAUCCUGUACUUGAGAAUCCAGCUACGAAUAAGACAAGAGCUGCCGCUAUUUUGGGUAUAGAGAGUGUUGAAGACCCAAACCCAUACCCUGCUGGUUUGUACCACAAGAGCAUCGUUGUGAAGACCGAAACACGUCCAAUCAAGAUUACAUGCGCGACAAGACAGCGCCAUAAUAUUUGGUUCAACUCGUUACGCUACCUCAUUCAAAGAAACAUGGAUGGCAUUAACCUCGACGACACAGCUGCAGAUCCCGCCGAUGCUAACAAAAUUUAUCAACUUCCAGGCGAAACUCCAAAACUCACAAAUCAAAGACUAUCUUCCACGAGACGUGGAAUGUCAGCUGGAUCAACCAAGCGUCCAGCAUCAACAAGAACGCUCAACAAAUGA